AUGAAGAAGACAGGGAAACAGAAGUGCAGAAGACAGAGGAACAGACAAGCAGAAGACAGGGAAACAGAAAGACAGAAGCCAGGGAGGGAGAAGUGCAGAAGACAGGGAAAUAGAAGUGUAGAAGACAGGGGAACAGAAAAGCAGAAGACAAGGAAACAGAAAGGCAGACGACUGGGAAACAGAAUGGCAGAAGAGAGGGAAACAGAAAAGGAAGAAGACAAGGAAACAACAAAGAAGAAGAGGACAGGGAAACAGAAAGGAAAAAGAAGACCGGGGAACAGAAGGGCAGAAGACAGAGAAACAGAAGUUCAGAAGCCAGGGAAAGAGAAAGGCAUAAGACAGGAAAACCGAAAAACAGAAUCCAGGGAGAGAGAAGGGCAAAAGACAGGGAAACAGAAAGGCAGAGGAGAGGGAAACAGAAGUUCAGAAGACAAGGAAAGAGAAAGGCAAAAGACAGGGAAACAGAAAGGCACAAGACAUAGAGACAGAAAGACUACUCAGGGAACCAGAAUGGCAGAGGAGGGGAAGACAGAAAAGGAAGAAGAAAAGGAAACAUCAAGGAAGAAGAAAACCUACGUACAUAUACUGCUCGAGUAA